AUGGACAUUGAUGACGCUCAAUCCCCCGUCAACACUGGCGUUGACGACGAUGGAACCCCUAAUGUCUUUGAUGGACUCAUGCGCAAGGCCAAGCAGGGACAGCACCUGAGCGUGGCUAUAACAGAGCCCCUAUCCAUGGACUGGCUGGUCGAACAGGACCUCGCAAACCUCCCCGCCUAUCUCGACUCACUCGAAACCACCACGCGCUGGUAUCCUCGUCUCGGCGAGAUUGUCCUCGUCGCGCGCAACCUCAAGGACGACCAGCUGAUCAAGUUCGACUCCAAUGCAGGCAUCUACAAGAUUCAGGAUCAGGGCCUCGGCUGGGUCGGAGUGCCUGUCUGGGAAGCUGUAAUUGUCACUCAGAUCACCAAGAACACCUUGGGUGCUGGCCUCUUGGACCAGAAGCAGAACACCGACGGCUCAGAGGAUGUCUUCCGCGUUGAACCCAUGCCUGAGAUCGGCAACUCUGAUAAACCCUGGUCGACUCGCUACAAGAUCGUUCACCUUCUCAACAUGCGACCCUUCUCUCUCUGGCAGGAGCUCAUGAACGGCGCCGAUAUUGGCAACUCCCGCGAAUGUCACCCCACUGUGCGUCACGCUUUGACUGCCAUGUCUUCCAUCUCUGUCGUUGGACGCUACCACUUCAGCUCCAAUGGCAAGGAAGCUCGUGUCUACUGCAAAGGCCUGUAUGUUGGCGCGGAAUUCUUUGUCGCUGGCGACCUCGUUCGC